AUGUUUUUUGUUUUGAAACAUAGGGUAAAGAGGAAACGACUGGCAUCAGUGCCAACCAAAUCGAAAUUGAUUUUUGUCAUUCGCAUACAUGGGAAAAGAGAAAUCCAUCAAAAAACGAGGAAGGUCUUAUAUGACAUGAGCUUGAGGUCAACGUUCAGUGGUAUAUUUGUGAAGGGAAAUGAAGGGAUUAUGGAAAAGCUACAAAGAGUGGAGCCAUUCGUCACAUAUGGAUACCCAAAUCUAAAGAGCAUUAAGGAGCUGAUUUACAAGAAGGGUUGAGCAAAGAUAGACAAGUAGCGGGUUCCCCUCACAGACAAUAACAUCAUCGAACAGGUGGAACUGAAGUAUAUAACCUGUAUGCAAUUAUUGUACGUAUUGGGUUCUCAUCUACUUCUGGGCAUUACUUCUGCUUUAUUCGGUCCUCUCCAGAGGCAUGAUGCCAUGACAUUUUUCAGAUGCCCUGCAGAUCAUUUUUCAGAUGCCCUGUCCAGCUACUAUAUUAGAAGCUCUCCAGCUUUAGGAUUGUAUGAUAUUGAGUAUGACCCAAAGAAACAUUUUGUAGGCUCAAUGAUUGCAUAA